AUGCGGGAGGAAGAUAUGCCGGAGGAUGUGCUAAAGGAUAAGGUAGAUAAUGAAAUACGUAAGGAUAUACUAGAGGAUGAUAUGCUAGAAAAUAUGCUGGAGAAUCAUACACUGAAGUAUGAUAGGUCAGAGGAGGAUAUGGAUGACAAGCUGGAGGAUGACAAACUGGAGGAUGACAAGCUGGAGGAAGACAAGCUGGAGGAAGACAAGCUGGAGGAAGACAAGCUGGAGGAUGACAUACUGGAGGAUGACAUGCCAGAGGAUGACAUGCUGGAGGAUGGCAAGCUGGAGGAUGACAUGCUGGAGGAUGACAAGUUGGAGGAUGACCAGCUGGAGGAUGACCAGCUGGAGGACGACCAGCUGGAGGACGACCAGCUGAAGGAUGACAAGCUGGAGGAUGACAAGCUGGAAGAUGACAAGCUGGAGGAUGACAUGCUGGAGGAUGGCAAGCUGGAGGAUGGCAAGCUGGAGGAUGACAAGCUGGAGGAUGACAUGCUGGAGGAUGACAUGCUGGAGGAUGACCAGUUGGAGGAUGACCAGCUGGAGGAUGACCAGCUGGAGGAUGACCAGCUGGAGGAUGACCAGCUGGAGGAUGACCAGCUGGAGGAUGACCAGCUGGAGGAUGACCAGCUGGAGGAUGACAUGCUGGAGGAUGACAUGCUGGAGGAUGACAAGCUGGAGGAUGACAAGCUGGAGGAUGACAAGCUGGAGGAUGACAAGCUGGAGGAUGACAUGCUGGAGGAUGACAAGCUAGAGGAUGACAAGCUGGAGGAUGACAUGCUGAUGGAUGACAAGCUGGAGGAUGCAAGCUGGAGGAUGACAUGCUGGAGGAUGAUAUGCUAG